UGGAUAAAUUGGCCCAUGCGCGCUCCAUUCGAAUUCGUUUAUUUUCCUCCAACUAAAACAAAUCUACAUCUGUCUUCUUUUUGUUUUGCUGACACCCAACACCUUAUACUAAUGCAAGCUUAUUUCCAAGGAGAUUUCGUUCAAAGUAAUGGAACUGGAGUCGAUAUACGAUGCCAUUUGGAUCAGAAAGCUUCUAGCACCUUCCUCAGAGCUUUUGUAAUGAAUUGGCAAACUCUUAGAGAGUUUAGCUCGAAAUAUGGAGGUUCAACAAUACUAUAAUACAUGAAGCUGAUACAUUUUGUUCAUCACUGCCAGUAGCAUCAGCGAAUAUGAAAACAAAGCUUCUUAUGGCCUUAAUCGUUGCUAUUUUCAAUGGUCUUUUCCAUCGUCUGUCAACUUCUGAAGAAAUAAGACUAGGAGCUCUGAUAGCGUGGAAUGGAACUUGGCCAGUGGGACCGAGAAUGGCAUCAGCGUUGCUUGUUGCCUUUGAUACGAUAAAGAACGAUCUCAACCUGCUGCCAAAUUAAAACUUUACAUAUUACUGGCAAGAUAGCGCUUGUGAUACCGGUGCCACGCUGAGAUCCAUGGUCGACUUACAAGCGAAGAAGCCACCAAUUCAUGCCUUUCUCGGGCCAGGCUGUUCUGUUGGAUGUAUACCAGGUGGUUAUUUAGCAGCGUACUGGGAAAAGCCUAUGAUAUCAUUUGCUUGUGGCGAAUCUGCGCUUUCAGAUAAAAAGAAAUAUCCAACAUUCGUUCGAACAGUUGGAACGUACGCACAAACCGGAAAGUUUUUUCUGAAUAUUAUGCAAAAAUAUAGCUGGAGUCGUGUUGGGAUUCUAGCCUCCACAGAAAGCCUAUGGUCGCAAGUUGCUAAUUUUGUGAGAGACGAAAUUGAUGGUAGCACAAGCGGGAAAUUCACUGUCGCUUCUUUUCACGUAUUCAGCCCCGGUAUUACGACCGAUGAGCAAUUCAAAAAUAUGUUGAGUUCUGCGAGAGAAGAGGCACAUGUUUUUAUCCUUAUUGGCUAUGGAAACUCGAUACGGCAGAUCAUGUUAAACCUGCACGAUUUAGAGAUGAUUUCGACAACAUACGCCUUGUUCACCUUUGAAAUCACACCCGAAAACUGUAAGGGGAACGACGGAAGGGACAAAGAAGCUUGUGAAGCAUUCGAAGGCCUCAUGGACAUUGCUAAUUAUGUUCCAGUAAAUACGGCAUACAAGAAGUUUGAGGAAAAAGUUCGACAGAAAAUGCCUGAGUUCGCUGGCUUAGGAUAUCAGAUGCCACAGCGUGAUGAGGUGGAUAUCUACGCGGGUUUUCUCCAUGAUGCAGUGGUAUUGUAUGCUCGAGCAGCCCAUGACCUUUUACGAGCUGGAGGAGACCUUGCGGAUGGAGAAGCACUGAUCAAGCGCAUGACAAACAGAAGCUUUGAGGGUGUUUCUGGGCUAGUUUUUAUAGAUGAAAAUGGGGAUAGAGCGAUCACCCUCCAAAUGAAGAACUUUCAAAAUGGCAGAAUGGUUCGUGUUGCAAACUACUUUCGGCACUCCGAAGAACUCGAGUUCAUAAACGCAACGACUCUUUGGCCAGGAGGGUCUGUAGUUGCUCCAUUGGGAAGACCUAAGUGUGGCUUUAACAGAGAAUUCUGCUCGUCUCCAGUGAUUUGGAGGAUCGCUGUUUAUGCACUCUCAGCCUUCACUGCUCUUAUAAUUUGCAUGGGUGUUCUUCUUGUUUAUUACAAGAGGAAAGCAUUUGAGUCGUCACUUCAGAGCCAACGUUGGAAAAUUUCUUCGGCAGAUAUAAACUUUACAAGAAAAGCUCUGGAUGGAAGAAGCAUGAUCUCAACAUCUAGCAUUGGCUCUGGUGACAGCAGUAUGAAUUCGAGAGCCUUAGAGGAAGAUGAAAUAAGAGGACAAGUAUUUACAAAAGUGGCAAUUUUUAAGUCCACAGUGGUAGCAGUUAAGAAGCUGAGAAAGACGCACAUAACUUUGUCAAGGACAAUUCUCAUGGAAUUAAAAGAGGUUUACGAGCUUCAACAUCCAAAUAUCAAUCGAUUCAUCGGUGCGUGCAUGGACUCGCCAGAUAUAUGGAUUUUAACACAGUACUGUAACAAGGGAAGUCUGCAGGAUGUUUUGAAUAAUGAGAAGAUGAAGCUUGACUGGAUGUUUAAAAUGUCCUUUGCAUCCGAUAUCGCAAGAGGAAUGUUUUUCUUACACAAAAGCUCAAUUCUUUACCAUGGUGACCUGCGGUCUUCAAACUGUGUCGUAGACAGCCGUUGGGUUUGUAAAAUAACCGAUGUCGGACUAGAAAAUUUUAAAGCAGGACAGAAGGUUGACUCGUAUCUUGGUCUUGAUGCGGAAUAUAACAAACUUUUGUGGCGAGCACCGGAGCACCUGGAUGGCAGGAAUGAUUUAUCUAAGUCACAAAUGGGAGAUGUCUACAGCUACGGCAUUAUUCUGCAAGAGAUUCUUCUUAGAGGUCUGCCAUAUGCCAUGAAUGACUUCAUGGAGGCAAAAACAAUUGUCAGCAAGGUACAGAAAAGAGAGAACCCUCCCUUUCGUCCAGUCAUUCCAUCCAGCUUUGGAAAUGGACUGUACGUGAGAAUGAUGCGAUCCUGUUGGAGUGAUGACCCAACUUUACGGCCAAGAUUCAGUGACGUUCUUCAAACAAUAAAAGGAAUUAACAAUGGAAAAGACAUCAACAUCAUGGACAACAUGAUAUCACUGAUGGAAAAAUAUACAGACCAUCUGGAAGAGAUCGUCAGAGAGAGAACUGAACAACUGGAGGAAGAGAAACAAAAGACAGACGCCCUGCUAUACAGAAUGCUGCCAAAGACGGUCGCAGAGCAGUUAAAACGUGGUGAGGCUGUUACGGCAGAAUAUUUUGAUCAAGUUACAAUUUUCUUUAGUGACAUAGUGGGUUUCACAACAAUAGCUGCCCAAAGUAAGCCGCUAGAGAUUGUUAACCUAUUAAAUGAUCUAUAUACCUGCUUUGACAAUAUCAUUGAUCGCCAUGAUGUCUAUAAGGUUGAGACAAUUGGAGAUUCUUACAUGGUUGUAUCUGGACUGCCCAAGCGCAAUGGCAUCCUUCAUGCUGGAGAAAUUGCCAACAUGUCCCUUGAUCUUUUGAGUGACAUGUGUCACUUUAAAAUUAAACACCUCCCAGAGAAACAGCUCCAACUUAGAAUUGGGAUUCAUUCUGGCUCAUGUGUUGCCGGUGUCGUUGGACUUAAAAUGCCACGUUACUGUUUAUUUGGAGAUACUGUCAACACAGCGUCCCGAAUGGAAUCCAGCGGGCUUGCCCUUAGGAUUCAUGUCAGUUCUCAGUGCAAGUCCUUGCUGGAUGACAUCGGCGGUUAUCACAUUGAGGAAAGAGGUUGGACGUCAAUGAAGGGAAAAGGAACACUGCUCACGUUUUUCUUAAACGGACGUGACGGCUUUCUGAAGUCUCUACCAGACCUCAGUAAAGCGGCUCCUAUGGAAGAACAUUCAUUUAAAUAAAAAACGACUAUGCAACAAAAUAUGAAAGGUGUGAAACUUAAGAGCCACUAACCAAAAAUAUCGAGAAUCCGCCGACAGUUGCAAAAUUUCCUAAUUCAUUUUAUUUUUU